AUGGCAAACACGUUGAUCACGACUACCCAAGAAUCGUCUACUUCUCCGAGAUUCGGCAUCUGGUCACAUACAGUCGUUAAGAUGGGACUGGAGUACCCAUUCCUGCUGCGCGCCGUUCUCUCAGUCUCGGCACUACGACUAGCGCAGGACGAGUCCAGCCACGAGUGGUUUCUCGAAUCAGCAGUGCACAUGGAAGCCGGGCUCACGGCCUUCCGGCAACUCAUUGCCACUGGUGAUCCCAAUUCGGAUGAGAAAUUACAAUCGGCCCUCUUUGCUUUCUCGUCGCUACUUGUGGUCCAGAAUUUCGGCUUGGCCGUCGUCGAGCAGCCCAAGGACUCUAUUGAGGAGUUUGUUAAAUGCAUUCGUCUGGUACGAGGAGUUGGUGCAGUCCUAAGAAACGCUUGGGAGGUGGUGCAAAAAGCUGAGCUAGCACCUAUCAUCUUCGGAGCGACAUUCGUGGAGAAGCCAGAGCACGGACCAGAGAACCAAUUUCUUGCUUCGCUCAAGACCAUGAUGUCCACCAGCGAGUUGCCUGAAGAGGAUGCGACGGCGCUCAUACAAGCGCUGGAGCACCUUCAAGCGAUAGCGGCAGAGCACUUUCUUCUGCGCUCCGGUGUGGGCACAAGUCAAGCAACAUCUGUUGGGGUUUUAUUGAGUUGGCCUGGACGAGUUCCCGAACGGGCACUGGAACUCAUGGAUGAGCGCAAUCCUUGUGCUCUAUGCAUGAUCGCGUACAUGGCAAGUUUACUUGUGUCUGCUGGCUCACAUUGGUGGAUCGAAGGGUGGGACAAAUUGCUGCACGACGCUGUGGUGCCCUUUUUGCCGAGCGCGUUGGCUGCGGACCUCGUCCAUGCAAUGGCGCAGAAUCGACUUGACACGGCCAAUAACGACGCUGUGCGGAUGACGACCGGUGUCGUCGUGCAACCAGGCGCUGAUCGAUCGUUAGGUGGCUGA